GCGGCGGCGGCGGCAGCAAGAUGGCGGCCAAGUCGGAUGGCGGCGGCGGCGGCGGCGGCGGCGGCAGCGGCUUCGCCCAGCUGCACAACCUGGACGAGGCGGCGGCGGCCACGGGCGGCGGCGUCGGGGCAGCGGCGGCCGAGGUGGCGGAGGAGCCGGGCGCAAGCAGCUCCUUGCACAUCUGCCACUGCUGCAACACGUCGUCUUGCUACUGGGGCUGCCGGAGCGCCUGCCUGCGGAACCUCUUCGGGCGGGCCGCCGCCACCGCCGCCGCCGAGCCGCUGGCCCCGCGCCCCCCCGCCGCCGCCGCCGAAGGGCCGCCGGAGGGCGGCGAGGCGGCCGAGCGGCCGUGGCUGGACUGCCUGUGGAUCGUGCUGGCGCUGCUGGUGCUGCUGGGGGAUGUGGGCACGGACCUGUGGCUGGCGCUGCACCACUACGGCCGGCGGGACUACGUGUGGUGCGGCCUCACCCUGGCCUUCGUGCUGCUGCCCUCGGUGCUGGUGCAGAUCCUGAGCUUCCGCUGGUUCGUGCAGGACUACACGGGCGGCGGGCUGGGCGCCGUGCAGGGGCUCAGCAGCCGCGGGCCGCCCAUGAUGGGGGGGACCGCGGGCCGGCGUGGGGGACCCGCCGGCGGGGUAGGAGGAGCCGCCGGCACCGCCACCCCCGGGGCGCAGCGCCUCUGCAGGAUCUCCGUCUGGGUCUGGCAGUCCGUCAUCCACCUGCUGCAGAUGGGGCAGGUCUGGAGGUAUAUCCGAACAAUGUACCUGGGCAUCCAGAGCCAGAGGCGGAAGGAACACCAGCGGCGUUUCUACUGGGCUAUGAUGUACGAAUAUGCAGACGUAAACAUGCUGCGCCUCCUGGAAACAUUCCUCGAGAGCGCCCCUCAACUGGUGCUACAGCUCUGCAUAAUGAUCCAAAAGAACCGUGCAGAAACAUUACCAUGUGUGUCCUCUGUGGCCUCCCUGAUGUCCCUGGCUUGGGUGCUAGCCUCCUAUCACAAGCUUCUUCGGGACUCUAGGGACGACAAGAAGAGUAUGAGCUACAGAGGGGCCCUCAUCCAUCUCUUCUGGCGCCUCUUCACCAUCUCAUCCCGAGUUAUUUCUUUUGCUCUCUUUGCUUCCAUCUUCCAGCUCUACUUUGGGAUCUUUGUAGUGGUCCAUUGGUGUGCCAUGGCUUUCUGGAUCAUCCAUGGUGGGACAGAUUUCUGCAUGUCUAAGUGGGAGGAGAUCCUCUUCAACAUGGUGGUAGGGAUUGUGUACAUUUUCUGCUGGUUUAAUGUGAAGGAAGGGCGGACUCGAUACCGAAUGUUUGCAUAUUACACGGUGGUCCUGACGGAGAACGCUGCCUUGACGCUCCUUUGGUAUUUUUACAGAGAUCCUGACACCACUGACUCCUAUGCCGUGCCAGCACUGUGUUGUGUCUUUCUUAGCUUUGCUGCUGGGAUAGCUUUGAUGCUGUUAUAUUAUGGUGUGCUGCAUCCCAUGGGGCCAAGAGCUAAGAUCUUUGCCAGCUCCUGUUGCGCCGAGCUGCUCUGGGGCAUUCCUUUGCCCCCCGAUGUUGAGCCCAUGGCGCCCCAAACCCCUGGGUACCGGGGGGCCCAGGCUACGCCCACCAGAGCGGUCACGGAGCAACAGGAGGAACUCACAGCUGACACUUGCUUGCCCGUUUUCCAGGUGAGAGCAAUGGUACCAUCUACUCCAUCUGGGCGACCCUACCCCCCCGAGGGGCCUCUCAUUAAGAUUGACAUCCCAAGAAAAAGAUAUCCUGCCUGGGAUGCUCAUUUUGUAGACAGGAGGUUAAGAAGAACUAUCAACAUCCUCCAAUAUGUCACCCCCACAGCUGUAGGUAUUAGGUAUAGAGAUGGACCUCUCUUAUAUGAGUUGCUACAAUAUGAAUCUUCACUUUAAAGCUCCUUAAAGCAAAAGUAAAAGAGGGGACCUUAUUUUUGUUUACGGUAAACACAGAUCAUGAAACAAACACAAACCUUCAGAUAAGCUUUCUUUCUGGUUGCUGUAUGUAUAAAAAAAAAAAAGAUAUUCUCUAUGUUUUGUAAGUAAAAACAAAAAGAAAAACUUUUCUUUUGUUUUUUACACACAAGAAACAGUAUUUCAACUUCCACACCUAGGAUUCACAGGUGGAGAAGGAGGCAUCUCCACAUCAGUUUUAUACCGUACACCAAGUGUAGAACAUUAUUUAUGGGAUUGGUGCUGAUUGAAAAAUAAAAAAAAAAAACAUACAAACAAACCUACAACUGCCUUAUGCCCUUAGGUGCUGAGUUUCAUUAAGUACUGUCACCUUUCUCAUGCAAAAGUCUUUGAUGAUUAUAUGCCAGGAAAAAAAACAACAAAAAAAAAAAAACAAAAAAAAAGAACAAAAGAAAAACCAACCAUCCAACUGAAAUGCAAACCUUAAAAUUAAAAAAAUAAUAAUUAACAACAACAACAAAAAGAUAGAAGUGUAUGAAAAAAUAUAUCCUGUUGUUCAUAUUGGAUUUAGUAGAAAAAACCCUCCAAAUGUCUAAAGAUAAGAAAGAAAAGAUAAGAAAGCAAAGCCAAGACAACCCCAAUGGAGUUUGAUUUUUCCAACAGCUGAAAGACAAAAUCAGGUCUGUAAGAUAAUUUGUCAAGGAAUUUAUAACACCAUUGGGCCAAGCCUUGACCGAGUCGUGUUAUAAAUGUGACCCCACCCUGGAACCAUUUUCCUCGUGGAAAUGGACCCUGUACAAAGGUGGGAUUGUACCAGAUCAGUGUGAAAAUAUAGGAUCUGAUCUUGUUCCCAACAACUGCUUGUGCUAAAGCCCCACUGUCUCCAGUGGAGCAAACACCAACAGUCUGAGCCCAGAAUAAGGCCUGCCACCUUGAUUUCUGGAAAAUGCAAAAUUAUCAAAAUUAUAAACAAAAAACAUGAUCUGAAAGUACAUUUCCACAUAUCUAAUAAUUAUUUCAGUAAUAAUAAAACUCAGCAUGGUAGCAAAAAGCGAGUCAAUUUAAAGGCACAAUACUUGAUCAGUGACUGGCAAAAUAAUUUGACCUACUGUAUCAUUUUAAGGCUGUGAAAGGCAUACAUGUAUUAUUUGUAAUCUCGUGUAAGACCUGUCAUGUCUCAUUCAGUGCGAGCCUUAAAGUGAUUGUAAAGCAUCCUUUGUUCCAUUUUGGGGAUUUUUGGGUUUUGAUUUUUUGUUUUGUUUCUGUUUUGUUUUUAAGGAAAACAAAACAUGAAAAGUCGGGAUUAAAAAAAAACACAAAAACACAAAAAACAAACAACAACAAAACAACCAACAAAACUUCUUCAAACGGUAAUAACCUGUAAAACUGACUCACGUCUCGAGAUGAUUUGGUGCUUUGUAUUUCUGUUGAUGUUGUUGUUGUGAUUUAGCUGAGAAAAUUCUUCGACUCGGUUACAUGUGGGGAACUGCUGAUAAAAACUGUCUCGUGUCACCCUCUACUGUAAGUACAUGGCGAGAAACAACAACCAGAGGAAACCCAAGAGCGUAGCGAGAGCGCCGUGGUUUAGCUUAGCCUUCCACCGCCAGGAGAUGCUGCCACCUCCAAUGCUGGCAAAGCCCAGACGGUCCCGCCGAGGGCUGUGGGGUUGUCUUGACAUUUCCAAAUAACCCACUCGGUGUCUGAACAUUCUCAUCUCUCUCGGAUUCUGUUUCUGUGCUGGAAUAUCUUGGGGUUUUUUUCGAGUUAAAUCACCAGGUUUGCGUCUAUCUGACACCCUUUUUCCGUUUCGAGAGUAUUGCUCCUUUAAAGGAAUAUUCCCGUUUCAGGGCAUCUUUUCAAUCCCACCAUCCCUCUACUUGGGAGGGGAAAAACAACAACAACAAAUGAGAUAUUUUUAAGUGAAUGCUGUAGUAUUUUCUGUGUGUAAUUGCAAUUUUUUAUUCCAGAAAUACUGUAACUGUCUAGGGUGCAAAACUCCCAUGCUGACCUAUUCUGAAGAGAAGAUCAGCAUGGAGGGAUAUUUUUUAAUUAUGAUUAUUAUUUUUUUUUUAAUUUCAAGAAUCAGUUGGUUUUUUUAAUUAUGAUAGUAUUUAAAGAAACUAGUACCAAUUUUAUAUAACAGUUUAAAGAAGCUGAAUGCUUUCUUCGCCUGAAUAUACCUGAAGAGAAACAUUUUUUUCAAUCAGUGAUCCUUUGCAGUGUUCUGAGAAAAUGUUGGGGUUUCUUCAGUUGUUUCAUUUUGUUUUGUAAAGGAAACUUUCAACUGGUGUCUGUUCCUUUCAAGGAGGGCAGGACUCCUUCACGCCAAACUAUAGACACAUGGCAAAGUUUAUACAAAGCCAAAUUGUCAGUGGUACUGUAAUUCCCAGUCAAACUCCAUUUCAGGCAGAUGUUUCUGGGCUCUGAUUACAACCAAUGUGAUGGUCACAUUUUCAUGCAAAGGGAGGGGUUUGGUCUUGUCAUCCUCUGUCUAACUCACCAGUCCCUUGUUUGCUGUGCACAUAAAUACAUAUAUAUAUAUAUAUGUAUAUAUACAUGAACUGAUAUAUAUUUGUGAAAAGCUUUCAUUUUCCUUCUCCAUUUUCUGUGCCCCACAGCCAGUCCCUUCUCAAGUGUUCUACUAACAUUUCACCCUGUUUUUCCCCUGAUCAGUGUGCUGUCUCCAUAAAAAGAGGUAAUUUGUGAAGUGAACGCGCUGUCCCCACCUGCUGAGUCUUGAGAACACAGAGAUGCCCAUCCUCCAGCUGCAGGCCUGCAUUUCUCCUUCCAGAACUUUCUUUUGACUUGCCUUUAAUGUUAGUGUAGACUUAUCUUGAUCUAAUUCCCCAUGUAAAGGCUCCCCUUGGUCCUUGCAUGAAGAGCUGUCCUCACAUCUGCAUUUCCGUGGCAAAAGCAUGAGAAAGGAAUGGAUGACAAACAGCCCUGCUGUUCCUCAGGGACCAUUUUUCCAGGAGGUGGCAUUCUUGUUUUCAAAAGCACCCUAAGAAGGUCCUGCUCCCCAGACUCGUCAACCUUGAGGUCUGGAAAUGUGGUGCUGAUCACUGACACCAUUGAACAGCUGGACCCUUCCCACCAGGACAGUGACAAUGAGCCAAGGCACAGUCACCAGGUGCCAGGAGGAGGAGACCCUUCAGUGUUGCCUCUCAUGAGCAACUCCAGCCUGCCUUCCCUCAGGAACGGGAUCUUACUCCACACCACCACACCAACAGCCGUCGCCUCCACUCUGUGCCAGGAGUGGAGGGGCAAAACACUCUGGAAGUGUCCUUACUUCUCAAUGCAGUGCUAACUUCUCACAACCAAACCAGCUUAACCAAGGGCUUGACAAAUCCCUGUUCCAAAGUCCUCCUCCUUCGUGGCUCGUAGUGUGGAUAACAACAAAGGCAGGUGCCUCCACUGCGAGUUAAGACUGUUUCAUUACUUGCAUAAACUUUCUGCCUCUGCUUCUCCUUUCUUUGAAUGAUAUUCAUCAGCAUCUUCAUUUAGCAAAGGAUUUCCAGGGAGAGCCUGUGUCAUCCCUGAAGAACUGUUUCUUUUUCCAGGACUUCAUUACAGCCUUAACAUAAAGCACGUGCUCUGCCACUACUCCGAACAUGUUCCUGGUGGACAGUUUGGGGUGGUGACCGUUUCCUUUUGGGAUUACCUGUGAUCUUGUUGCCAAACAGCGCCUUUUGCCAAGCCAAAAGCUCAGGGUGGAAAACUGCCCCAGCCCUUUAUUGGUACUAAUCCCAGUGCUAAGAAUCUCAUCCUCUCCUCCUGUUUUAUUUUUUUGCCCUUUGAUUUUUUGGUGCGUACUUUUGCAGGAUGGUCACCAACUUGUUUUGGUUUCACUUUGAUUUUAACUCCUCAGCUUUUCCCUAGUACCUGUUUUAUACCAUUUCCCACCUUCUGGCCAGAAGAUACUGCAUGAGGAACUUUUCAAACUGCCAUGGAGAAUGUUGAACCUGUAUCUAUUCACAUCACAAGGUCAGUGGGCAAGUUCUCUGGCAUAAUUGUGGUGCUGGAUUCACCCUGGGAUCAUCUAAACCAGCCAACUGUGCCAUGCCAGGGCAAUGCUGAGGCACGAGGGCUCCACCAUCCUGACUGUUAUUAUUCAAACCUUCCCUGGCAUGGUUUUGAUCCACUCCAAGGAGCCCUGGGCUCAGGCACAGCUUGCCCAGGCUUUGGCACUGGCCAGAGACCAUCCCCAGUCGGCAGUUUGGAUGCAGCUGCUCCAUAUCAGGGGUGGAAGAUUUUCAGAAUCAGGAUGGGGCCAGCACUACUCAGUUGGCUUCGUGCCAGAAUGGAUCCUGGAGUUGUUUAAUUUUCUGAUAAAGAUGUAACUCUGUGCCACAGACCAGGAUGCAGGAUGUGGUGGACUACGUCAGCUCCGAUCUGGCAUUUUUCUGUUUUCUGCCUGAUUCAAUGGACAAGUUAUUUUUCAGUUCACUUUGUUCCUUCUGCUGAGGCUGUUUUGCAAACUGCAUCACUUUUAUGGCUCGGAUGUCAACUCAUCCAUCCCUCCAUCCAUGUCAGAUGGAUGGCAUGUUUACUGUGAUAGUGUUACACAUCCAUAGGCAGCUAAUUCAGAGACAGGAAUCAUUCAGACCAGACCAAAUCAACAGUGGAAACACAGGAAUUACAAGGUCCCUGCCCAUGCCCUUGUCAUGCUUUGCCACCCACACGAAGCAUUUUUCAUCUGCAGCAAAUCCAACCUGAACUGUAGAAGAGGAGCCAAUGGUGAAUAAUUACCAGACUAAAGUGCAAGUGAGACACCCAUUUCAAGUGUAAAUAUAUAUAUUUUCAUUGUUUGGGAUUGGAGCUACUUCUCUGCUUCACCCCAUCCUUUUGUGCACCUGCCAAAAGUCAGCAGUCAUUUGCAUGUAUUUUUAUUUAAAGCUGACUAGCUGAAAUGGCAAAAUUAAUUCCAAGCUUUAGUGAAUUGUCUGCUAAAAUCUGGCUCAUGCGAGGAGCAUCACUAUUGACUUUCAGAGUGCAAUCACCCUGUGCUCUUCAGAUAUAUUUUUGUACCCACAAGAUUCACUUCACAAUUUAUCCCACCCCUGGCCCUGCAUGUCACACCUGUCACCUGCACACCUGCAGCAUGACUAAACCUCCUGAAGAAAAUGUGGUCUGAGGUUAGUCCAGCAUGAUUUCAUUGAAGCUCAGAGGUGCUUUGAAAAGGAAAACUUACUACUGUGCAUUUGCAAAACCUUUUAGUGCCUGCUUGCUGGGCAGCUUGGGCAGGAGACAAUUUGGAAGCUGCCGGAGUCAGUGGAAAUUUGUGGAGACAGGCUUUCCUAGGAUUUUUCCUUCUUUUACUGGGUUUGCUUUUCUCUGGGUUCUGCUCAGAUCGAAUGUGGUCCUGCAAAAGAAAACCCACCAGAAAACAAAAACCCAAAUGACCAUGACAAAAUAAGGUCUAUGCCAAUCCCCACAGAAGCUGAGGUGGCUGGUGUAGGACGGUAGGGAUGAUGUGAACUCCGUUGUGGACCCUUUGCUUGUUGAAGCUUGCAUGCUGUUCUUUUGGCAGUUGUCUCAAGCCCUGGGGGCUUUGGGAAUGGUGCUUUCCCAGGGUUAUGAUUGCUGGUUUUAUUUUUCCUUGGAGCUCAGGUGUAUUCUGGUGCAGAGAAUCUCAGCCUGGUUUGAACGAGAAGAUUUGAGGCUAUCCCAAAUAGACGUGGGCAAACCUUUCACUGUGUGCAGAACACAUUUCCAGACCUUUGGGUACCACUAGAGAUUGUUGCAAUCCACUUAAUUCUCCAUGAGCAUGUCCGGAAUCGCUUCAUUGUUCUGUUGUGUUUGAACUUGGGAAUAAUGGUGUAGUGACUCUUUCCUGUCGAGGUGUGAUGUGAAAAAAGGGAGGAGCUUUCCUGCUGUGCUGGGUACUGCCUGUGUUCAACCUUUGCUCCUUAUUUGAAGCUCAGACAGUGGGAUAAUGAGAAAAAUGGGAAAAUGAGAUGUCAGAUCGCUGCAUAUGUUCCAUUGGCUCUCUGCUGAUGAGGAGGGAGGCAACUGGUGACUAUUAAAAUAAAUCUGCAUAAACCAUCUGGACCUCAAUGUACAUUCAGACAUGCACAAAACCCAAUUGGAAAGUGAUGUUGUUGAUAAAAUAAUGUGGAUACCUUUUCCUGUCGUAUAUUAAAAACCUAAAAACAAAACAAAACCACAACCAAGCCCUGCAAACGGAAAAAAAUUAUGUGAGAGCAGAAACCUUCCUGUGCCCUCCCCAUUCCUUUGGGACACAUGCAGCAAGGAAACUGUUUGAAAGCCAGGCACUUUGUAAUCCGCGGAGUUAAUUGGAUUUGUGCAAUGCUGUGUUUGUCAGAUGGUCUCUUACAGAGAGCGUAGAAAGUGGCCAUGGUCUAAAAGUCAUUGCAGAUUUUUGGGUGACAGUACUCCUGGGUUUCGACCCCAGCUCUGCCACGAAGUUGCUGUGUAACCUUGGGCAAGUGAUUUAACCUUUCUGUGCCUACAGUUUACCCAUCUGUACAUGGGUAUAAUAAUAUUUACCUACCUCACAGGGGUGUUGUGAGGCUUAAGUUAAUGCGUGUGAGAGGUGCUGGAAGUGCGCCGUGAAAAUUUCAUUCCUGAUGGGUUUGUGCUGUUGUAGGGGAUGAGCACUGAAGGGGUGGGUUACAACAUGCAGAAGGAAAACCUGCUGGUGCAUGUCUUGAGAAAGUGAUUUGAAGUCUUUUCUCUCCCCAAAAGCAAGGAACGGAGAAAAUUGUUGUGCACCAACUGAACAGCCUUGCUUUCCUGGUCAAAUGUAACAGCACUAUUUGCAAUAUUAUUUUCUUACACAACAGGUGACCUUUCCCUUUUCCUUGCUGUUUCUGAAAACUUGAAACUAAAGAUGAAAAAAGUAUUUCUGAACCUAACAGAUUACUGAUGAAUACUUGAAUUUCUUUAAAAGUUGCUCUCAUCAGCCACGGUUAAAUGUGCAGUAAUCUUUCAGUCAUCAGCUUCCAUCUGAAUACAGUGAAAAAUUUGCUCACGCUGUUUUGGAAUAGCCUGGACCUUAUUUGGGAGGCUGGUAUUGCUGAGGACUCUUGUAGGCAUGGGAAAACUAGUGUCUCAACUGAUAAAUGUGAAAAAAUAUUUUUUUUUCUUUCUGUUUUUGCCUUUUAAGUUCGUUGACUGCCUAAGACAGCACAAUAAUUGCAGUUUACUUGGUUGUACAGUAGCUUUUUUGUUUUGUUUUGUUUUUGAAUUUUUUCCUUACACAAAGGGCGAAGGUGGGAUGUGAAAGGAUAAAAUAGACCCAACGCUGCUCCCAUGCAACUCUUCCCGAAGUCCCUGCUUUCCUGGAGAAAAAACCUGUGCCACACCUAGAGAGACCAGACCAAGCUGCCUUCAAAGUCCUCCUGCAGGCAAAACUUCCCUUGCCACCUGUGGGAGUUUUGGCUGAUGGUUCUGUGUCCAUCGAGGUAGAUUCAUCCCUGGUUGAGCCUCAAGCCACGUGGGUGAAAGCCAGGAUAACUUUCUUUAGAACAAGGGAAGGGAUCCAGUUCAUCGCUCCAAAUGUCACCACUGGUCAGAUGAUUCAGAAGGGAAAAACAUGUGACAGAAAGCCUGGGGUUUAGGGGUUUUUUGUCUUUUUACUGUCUAAGUGUCCUGACCAUUGUAUGAUGUCUCUUGUGGGAAUGCAAUGCCAGGCAGGACUCCCUGCUCCCUUUUGGAGAAGCUUUGUGAAGUCUGCUCACGCACUCCUUACUCAGGCAAAACCCCUGGGUUUUAUUGCUGGAUCUCCUUUUCUGUCCUGAGUAAGGACUGUGGAGUCUGGUCUGUUUGGAAUCACUGGGAGGUGUUUCAGGUGGCCAUUGUCUUCUGUAGCCUAAAACUUGCCUUGCACGAAGCAAGAAGGAAGCUCUGGCUUGGUCUGCCACAUACCUUCCCUGUCCCUUCCCUGUACCCACCAUGGGGAGGGAGCUCAAAAUCAUCUGGCUACAGGGGCCAGGCUCUUCCACCUGAAUUUCCAGGCAGCUGCACAUCUUCCUGCUGGGGCAGAGUAAGUUUAGAAGCCCCACUCCUACAGAUGGGCCAUCGCUCAUCCGCAUCGGCUUUGGGUCUGCUUCUUCCCCAUCCUUCUCCCCAGCUGUUUCUUUGCCCUGUUUUAAGUACUCAGCUUGGUGCAUCUGGGUUCUUUUUACUUCUUCUGUUCAAAAAAAAAAAAAAAAAAAAAAAAAAAGAUUGACGUUGGGAAAAAACACCAAUGUAACUCCUUCGGUGCUAUGCUAACUGUUUUGUUUGACCCAACCAAAUGCUGGCCAACAAAUGAAUAUUCCCUCUUUGUCCUAAAAAGCACCAUACAUCUGUGUCUUGAACAGGGAUGGACUGAGAGGGCUGAGAGAGGGCAAGUGUGGUUUUGAAAGCAAUUAAAGUCUCAUGUGUAUCUGGUAGAGUAAAAAGAUGUAGGUGCAGACUGCUUUCAAAGCUCGUUGUCGCCCACCUCGUGGAAUUAAAUAGGAUAUAGCCUAUAAGGUAUUGAGGGCAUUAUAAUAUAUAUAUAUAUAUUUUAAAAAAAAAGAGACAAGAAGUUCACAUUAUUGAUAAAUCACCCUUUAAUUCUCCUGAAAUUGCACUGUUUAACAGGGAAACCACCUGGCUGUGCUUGCACCCUAUUGUUUUGGUAUAGCCCACUUUGGCAGUGAGAGUAAAACAGCAGGAAGAGAGAGAAUUCUUCCUACUACAUAUUAAGCCUGAAGUAAAGUGGGUGCCUAUGAAUUUUCAGGAUUAAAGGGAUUAAUCAACAUGUAUGUCUGAGUCUAUAUCCCCAGUCCUGUGGAAAUAUAGGUGAGCAUACAUGCCAUGUUACUGCAGCAGUAUAUAUAUGUUUUAAUAUAUAUGAACACAUUGUGAAUUCCAAAGGGCUUUUUGAGAUGAGGAAGGUCAUUCCUGGUGAGAGGUGCUAGCAAUUUGGGAUUUGCAAGCAGGGUUGAAAUAAACAUUCCUUGUAGGGUUUUUUUUUCUUUUUUUUUAAUUGAAAGACCAUCAGAAGCUUAAGGUCCUGAGGAAAUGCUGUCCCACCUAUCUUCCAAUUCUUAAGAAAUUUGGGAGCCAAAUUUGGCCAAACAUGAGGGUCAGACACAGCUUCAGGAUAAAUCAGUAGAGCUCCACUGAUGGCCAGGUGCCUCCUUACACUAUCUAUGCUAAAACCACUAAUUACUACUGGUAUGGGGAGCCCAAACAGGGCCCUAUUGGUCUUUUCCUUCAACUGUAACAAUAGAUUUCAUGCUUGAGCUUGUAGAGUUUGUCAAAACCCAGGCAAAACUUGGGCAAAAGCUGGAGUAUCUUUCCAGGAGAAGCCAUCUGAGUGUAGACUACCCCUGAUCUCUAUGGGGGCUUUGUAGCCUCUGGCUUUAGCUGAGGAAGAGAUGGUUUCUCCUUUCACCAAUAUCAGCACUGCAAUGAGAACAGCCCUGUCAACACACACAGCAAAUGGGGCCCUCCUUUGCAGGGAGUAAACCCUCCAAAUCUAUUUCAAGCCCUUAAAAUUCAAAUGCCAAAUGCCACUCAAAGGCAAUGAUUAUUAUUUUGCCUCCAGAUGUCAUUCCCGUUCAUCAGUCACAAGGACAAGCAGCUCAUAUUUUCCUUUCUAGCUGUAUUUACCAAUAAAACUCGCUGCCAGUGCCAGAACCUCCUCCCCUCAGCCGCAGCUGAACGCCACCUGCAUGCCACCCCCGCCUUUCCUCUUCUUCUUCCACUCUAAAACCAAACACUGUUCCUUCCUAACUAGGGAAAAUCCAGGACAAAUGCCAGCUGAUUACACCUGCAAUCUGUUCGCUUGAGGGGUUGGUUUCAGUUUCUGAGGGCACACAAGUACACACAGGGACACACGCCCGGAGGAAUUUCAGCAGCCUGAAGAUGAAUGAAGCUUCUUGACUUCAACUGGGUGAUUCUUGGGGUCAUCCCAUGCAGGGUCAGGAGUUGGACUUCCAUGAUCCUUAUGGGUCCCUUCCAGCUCAGGGUAUUCUCUGAUUUUGUGAGCUGACACUGUGGGAGAAACUACAGACAAAGUGCUCUCCAGGCAACCCCUUCAAAUUACUUAAAUUUCACAACAUUCCCAGUUUUUCAAAAACCUGGGAUUUUUUUUCAAUAAUCAUUGAAGUUUCAGUAUCAGCCAACAAAUUCAUGAUGGAUAAGUAGUAGGGAAAGUGUACUGGUUUGCACUUAUCAAUAGAAUUCCCAAAACGACUCAAGCAAUUAAACAAGCAUUAAAUUGGAUGUAAUUGCAGUCAUUUGGAGGAGAGCUGUGAUGCGUGUUUUCUGAAGGAGGGUCUAAAUAGGUAUCACAGCCAAAUCGUUUUGUCUCUCAUCUUUUCUGUGUAGGGAGAGUGAGAGGGAAGAGACUUUACUUUGAACAUCAAAGUUUUCCAUUAGCUACAAAAUAUGUCCCUUCCCAAAACGGACCUAAAACUUGAGGGGGUUUCCAAUGAAAAUAUUUCCCUAUCAGAAAAAAACCACAAUGGCUCUGGCUAUUGUUUCUGCUCUGCAAACUUUUACCAUUCCAGCCUUUUGUCCCAGUGAGGAGUGGGAAUUCAUUUUAAAAGUGUUUUAUUUACUCAGGGAAGGACUAUUUCACAUCUCGUUUUGGUGACUCCUGUCACUGGGCCGAGUCUGGACAUUCUGCUAUAUCUGAUGUGGCCACCCAUUAUGAAAAGAGUAAAUGAUAAUAGGUGGGGUGAGGUUCUUGCCUAGUUUUCUGUGUGUUCCUUGUUCCAGACUAAUCGGAACAAGUAAACUGUCUUUGGGAAUCUGACAGCAUGCUCCAUGGUGGAGCUGUUUCCCUCAAAUCAGGAUUAUCACAGGAAGGCUCUAUAUUCUGGAGGUUUUGAAUGCCUUUCUGAUUGCAAGGAAAUGCCCUUCCUGUGGUGCAAAUAUUUUUGGGUUUAUUUUGAAAAUCACGGUGCAUGAAUAUCCACAUUCUCUCUCCAUCUCUGCCAUGGGCUAUUGGUUGAGAAAGCAGAGUAUUUUAAGGUUGUGUCUGCUGGCAGGUGUAAGAUGUUCCCUGGUGCCCUUGGCCUGUUUUCCAGGGCAUGUGAUAUAGGAAUGGUCAGUCUGAUGCCGCCUCCAUCCCUGGAUAUCUGCCAUGUUUACCCCAGGUGCUGCAAUGAGCAUUUAAAGAUCUUUGUCAAGCCUACUUCUUGCAAAGCUCUUGUGAUUGAAAGGAAUCCUAAAAGUCGACAGAAUCCUCUCAAAUGAGCUGUCAUCCUAGCAGAAUUUUUGAUUAGUGAAUUUUGAUUGUACCAGAAAAUUGGCACAGCCACAGAGAAUAGCACAAUUUAAAUACUUCUAUUGCAGAAGUGCCACUUUUCUCAUAAACACUGAAAUUCAACUAAUCACUACUGGAACCCUUUAACACUCAAAACCUGGAAAACAUUCUUGCACUUGAUUCCUCAAAUAAACCUUAUUCAAGGAGAACAAAUUCCACAACCACUACAAAGUGGUAAAAAUAAGUUGUUAGGGUUUAACCUGGGGGCUUUGGGGUUUGGUUUUUUUUUUUUUUUGAAACAUGGGGGUUCCAUGUUUCACCUAUAAACUGGAAGGAAUAAAGGUUCCCUCACAAGGGUGAUGAGAGGAUUAUCUAGAUAAUGUCGGUGAUGUUCUUCCAGAUCUUAACAUCAAAAGUGUUGUGGGUCCAUGGUGCUGGUCAGCAGAGCAGGACAAAUCCAUCAUGUCACCUUCCUUUUGUCCCCAUUUUGCUCAGCAGACACAGGCAGAUUGUUCUGAAUUGUCACAAUAAGAUUUUGGGAAGCGCUUUUCUCCAUCCUCUGAAAUGCCCCUCACUCCCUGUGGAAAGCAUCCAGGGAACUCAACUGAGAAACCAAGGAUUUAGCACAGUCCUGUUGGGCCAUGGAGUUGUUGACAGCAGAGGUGGAAAGAGCACAUGGAUCUUCAGGUGCAUUCCUAAGAGUUCAUGCCACAGGCAUCCCUGUGUCUUAUUCUCCCACCCUAAAUCCUGUCUGGCUGAAAAAAUUCCAAAGAAGAAUUCUCCUCACCCCAGACCCUCUCGAUCAGGUGCAUCAGUCAGGAAUAAUGGCCUAAGCUUUCCUAGUAAGAAGUACAUUUUUUGUUAACUAAGCUUGAAACUUGGUCAUGCCCAUGCCUUGAUUUUGCCUUAUAAAUCAAACUCAGCCCGUUCUGAACCCAGGUCCUUCAUCUGAAGUUGUCCUUCCAGUGCCGUUCCGACCCAGCGUGGCUUGCAAGUGAAGAUGCCUAUCCAUCCAAGUUAGGAUCAAGGAUUUUCAGUUCAUCUGGAAGAGGUUGGCUUCUUCCUAGGUAAUUUUUGCACCUGAGCCAGCCUUCCUGGGAUUCUAGAAAGACUGGGAUCCAAAUUAGAUGCCCAAAAGUCAACUUGAAUGAUCAAGGAAAACUACAUCAAAUUCUGCCGCAGUCAACUCCAUUAGUCCCCCACAGUGGUGUCCAAACACCAUUCUUGGCUUCUGCCAGCAAGCCACACACACGGUGCUUGGGUCAUACGGGGUUGCCACCAACCCCUGCUCUGAUCUGGCCAGAAGUGGCUGGGGACAGUCCUGCCCCUCCUCUCUGUCCAGCGAGCGAAUUUCCACCAAACUCGUUGGCGUUGUCCUUGACUCGGCACGAUGCCACCGACAGUGGGGCGGGCUGCUUGUCAGCAGCUGUCGGAAGAGCUCGGGAUUUUCAGGUGGGAUGGGCUGACAGGUGUCAACACAAUGCAAAACCUGGGCUCUUAACUUGGCAUAGAGUGCCUGCAAGUCUCUUCUUUUUCUUUUUCGAUCACCAAGCAAUGACCUUACGCACGGUGAGCCCGUUGGGGAUGGGCAGUGUCUGCAGCAACUUCACGUUUUGCUGGAGGGCUCUGAGGAUGUGCUCUGGCUUAUUCCCAGCUCUUUCUCUGUUUCCUGCAUCUUGGAGGGUAACGUGCUUGAGCGUGAGUUUAUGUGCAGAAGAAACUGAGCAAGGGCCAACAUAAAAGUUUAGCGCAGCAUAAAUAUUGUUUGAGUAAGGAGGGAAUGUGGGCUAAGACCACAAUAACCAGACAGGUGCAGGUUUCAUCUCUGCCUCAGCCUGGCAGGACUUCUGCCAACCCAUCAAAAUUGUUGCCUGUGUCCAGGACAAUUUAUUCUCUGGGCUCCUGGGGUGUGACAGAUUGAGAUAUUCAGGACAGGGCUAUGCAAAGCGAUGAGAUCAGGCUCGCUGAGCGCCUCCGACUUCCCCUGGUUUAGUGCAAGCUGAAGGCAUCCAGAACAUCCCAGGAGGCCGCCCACAGCAGGCUGUGCCCUCUGUUGUGUUAGAUUAUUCCCUGAGUGCUUUAAGUUCAAUCCUGCCUUUCUCCCAUCGGCGCAGGCAUGUUGAACACGGCACAAAGAGGCCAUUUGAAUCUAGGAAGACUGAUAAAAAGUGUCCAAAGUGCUACAUAAGAGCUCGCAAAAAUCAAUGUGCCCCUUAAAAGACCAAACUCUGGUCUCAAUUUCACCAUCAGCCACCCUGCGUAAACCCCAGUAUUUUUUUCUGGGAAAACUCUGUUUUUUCUGUCAUCAGCAAGGCCAGAAUUCAGCCUGGCCCCACCUGCCCUCAUGAACUCCACCAAGCUCUUUAUUUUUGUUGAUGAUGGCUAUGUUAGGGCAGCAACAUUUCAACUCUCAAAGCCUCGUGGUGCCUUUCCUUGUGGUGCUCACCCUUCACAGGUCUUCAGUCAAGGCAACCACUUGCAUCCAGCAGCAACGCCAGUACUUUUCCUCUGUAUUAGGUGCCAGUGCAGUAACAGACUUUAAUGUAUACUUAUAUAAAUAAAGAUAGAUAGAUAGCUAGAUAGAUAGAUAGAUUGUUAUAGUUAUAAUUAUAUAUAUAUAAUUGAGGUUCUGAUACCACUGUCUGGGGAAUGGACCAUUCCUCUGCAGGAUUAACACUGCUUGAGUGAAACCAACAAAUGUCCUGUAAAACAUUACAACCUUGGCAAGGAGCUUCUCUUUCCCAUUUUUUUUUCCCAGCUUCCUUCUCCCCUCCCAACUCCCAGAAACACUCUCAGCGAAAGAUGCUGUUUAACAUCAUAGAAAUUUAUAAAAGUUUCUUCAAAUCUCCCCAGUGGAUGCCGCCAGGCCACAUCUUCCUCCUCACGUGGGAUGGGGAAGUCUCCCCUUGCCAUGGAAGGAGGAUGAUGGGGUCGGUGGGGCAGCAUCCCAGGGGAGCAUCCCAGGGCAGCAUCCUCUGCACCUUGUGGAGAGCAGUGUUAUUGCCCCCACCCUAAGAAAACCAUCUGCUGUCGAGCCUCUCCAUCUCAGCUGCCCCAGCAAAUUGGUGUGGUUUUUUUCCUCUUUGGAUGCUCGGUUUUCCGUGCUGCUCGGAGCGAGCUGCUGCCCCAGCCCUCGCUGGCAGGCAGGAGGGAAGCUGGCAAAGGCUUUGCUCACACGAGCAGUUCUGCCUGACUUCAGGGGGGAGAGGUUUUUUUUGUCAAAGGACUGCUGGUUUGGGUCAAUCAUCCCUUUAUUGUUACCUUUGAAGUAUUGCUGAAACUAGAGAGAGAUGCUAGAACAGAUGUGGAGUGAAGGUAUUUUUUUCCUAAAGGGAACAACACCAAUAAUACUGUAAAAGGUGCUAGAAUCAAACCUCAUUUUAUAUACUUUGGUUCUUAGAGAUAAAAAAAAAAAUAAAUAAAUCACACAGUAUUCUUCCUGUGCAGCCUUAUUGUAGAUUGUUAUAACCAACUCAUUAUCGAAAAGACAAAAAAAAAAAAAGUGAAAAGGUUUAAAAAGGACAAAAAUGAAGCGAUCCUGUAUAAAGUGUAACAAAUAUGACUUUCCUAUAUAAAUGUAAAUGAUCAGACAUAUAUUAAAAUGCACUUGAGACAGGCAGCAAGCAUUAAAAGCUUUUGAAGUAUCUUUUUUAAUGUACAGCACCUGUCUUUUUUGUUUGGCUGGUGCAAGCAGGAAUGUGCCAAGUUGUUUUUGUUUCCUUUUCAUUCAGUUUCUGAUUUUUUGGAAAAGGACAGAGGGUUGAAAGAGGGUGGAAGGUUUAGCUGGGACAGAAACCUGGAAUAUUCAUCUCAAUUGUAUUUGUUUUGUUUCAUCAUUAGUUUAGGAUUGUGGUGGCAGUGUUUGGCCUCACACCUCGUUUCUCAAAUGCUUUUGAAAGCUUUGCUGCCUGCCCCAGGUUCUGAGUAUAACUCUUACCUCAAGAAAAUUUAAAAAAAAAAGUCAGUUGUUUUUUCCCAUCUCUGGAAAAUUAAUGUAAACAAAUGACAACAACAAAGAGAAAAAAAUUUUAAAAAGCAAACAACCAGCAGUGAUGAAGGAAUGAAAAUUAAAAGAGAAAGAAGUCAAAGCAGAGGUUUGGCGAUCAAACCGAGCCAUUUUGGUGCUUUUCCCCGUUUUGUGUUGCUAAUGAUCACAAUUUCAUGAGAUGGGCUUAGACAAGUCUGUGGUCUUAGGAUGUAGCAAAAAAUGUAUUUAAAAAGAAUACAAAUUUGCAUGGAACAAACUCUGAUGGAACCUUUAAAGAAUGGCUGUUUCAGUGUCAGACGUUUAAUGUUAGCAUGUGUGUGUGCUGUAAAUACCUUUUCAUGUGUGACAUGUACAGUUGACUGAGGAAAAAAAAGUAUGGAACCGAACAAAAAAGAAUAAUAAUCAAAUGCUAUUUUAUCAGAUGAUGCACUUUUUCACCUUGAUGAGAAGCCACUGUUCACAACUAUGCAAUCUUCCAGUUUCUCUCUCUAUCUCCUCUCUUCAACCUCAAAUUUCCCAACUAUUUUCCAUAACCUAAACCGUUUUUUCUUUUGUACAAAGAAACACAAAAAGUUCCAAACUCUGGUUCAAGGUGAGAGUGCUACUGUGACUUUUCUCAAACAAUAAGAGCUAACAAACAGACAAACAAAAGGGGUUUGGUUUUGUUUUAAGAAAAAGGAGGUUCGGACAUGACCCUCUUUAUGUUCUCUAAGUGAAUCAAUGUUUUCUACAUGUGCCAGGCUUCUGUUGACUGUUUUUUGGAUUUGGUUUCCUUUCUUGAUUCAUUUCUCUCUCUUAGGUUUUAGAAUUUUUUUCUUUAUUUGUUUCCUUAUGUUUUUUGUUUGUUGUGGUUUUUUGUUUUUAAAUUCUAGUUUUGUAUUGUAGGUAUUGGGGAUGUGAAGAUGAAGGUGAAAUUUGGCUUAACUCCAAGUGUUUUAGUACAUGUGUGUGCUAUAUGUACAUAGUUUUCUACAUAGAAAAUUUUACGCGCUUUUUAACGCACUUUACGACUUGUAUGUACAAAGUUGUCUAUAUAGAAAAUGUAGUGAGUGUCCCCCUCAAAGAAGAGCCUUUUGAUUCCAUGACUUAAGAGGAGUUCAGGUGUUUGAGUAUCUCACGUGCGUGUGUGUGUGUGUGUGUGUGUGUGUGUGUGUGUAUUAUAUACUAUAUUAUAUAUUAUAGAAAUAUAUAAUAGCCUAUCUUCACAUGAGGGUGUGUAUAAUAUAGACACACAUCCAAACCCAGGAUCAUACCCAUCUCCACCACCCAAAUAGAGGUUUUGUAGUUCUUUAAGCUGUAAUAAAUAGCCUGGCUCUACUGGGUAAAAUUCCCCCUGUCCUUAGGUGAAAGGUAGAAAAUUGACUCGUUAUCCACAGUGCAUAUUCCUGCGGAGGGGAUUCAGUCUUUAUAACUUUUCUUUCCCCACCCCAGUUUGCCACGGAGAGAGUGCUGGUGAGGAAACAGGGUCGUCCAGUGAUGAGCUCAGGAAACCAUGCGGCCCUCAGAGGUGGCUGCCCUGUCCCUCGCCCACCACCGGCUCCCCUGUGGCUUCAAGCACGUUGCUCCCACCUCUCUGUGCCUGUCACACAGGGGUUGCCAAUGCUGACCAAGCCUUUAAGCACUUUGCACUCCUGGUCCUCCUCGGCACACCCUGCAGGCUCCCUCUCCGUGCUGACGGGAGGCGAUUCGGGCCAGUUUACGGUGAGUUCUUCACCAACCUGCCCCUUGUCCUCCAGCUUUCUUCUGUUCAUGAAGCUCACUGCUGCUUCCUUCAUCACCUCAUUCUUAUCUUCUGGCUGUGCUUAUCUUUCCUUCCACUCAAGGCUUCCCCAUCCUUGGGAGCCAUGGCUCACCGUGGUGACGCUCUUCAAAUCCCAUUAUCAGAUUCUCCUCAGCCACAGUUUGGCCAAGGGCAAUAUCCUGGAUUGCUGCUGUCAAUUCGCUCUUAUCCCAUACAUCUGGAUCCUUAUGGAUGCCUUCCAACUUGAGAUGUUCUGUGGUUCAAUUAUUCUGUGACCUCAAAUUUCUUGGGGUGGGACAGAUAAAAUCCCAUUUCCAACUCAUUGGACACCUAACUCCGUGAAGUUCUUCCAAGUGACCGAGGAACAGCUGUGGAUACAAAAAGGGCCCUUUCUGAAGUUGGUAAAAGUGGGGAGGAUGGAGGGAAUGGAUUUGAAGAUGGCAUCUCUUCCAUGUAUCAGUGGGACCACAAGCGUCCACAUAAUUCUGUGAUCUCAAGGGUACUUCUUCUAGCCAAUCUUUUUCCAUUUGGAUUCUCACCAAGAACUUGAUGUGAGUCUUCCUGCUCAAGUUACAGCCACAUUUACCUGAAAACAACCAUAGUGGAAAAGCUGGAUGCCGGCAUCUCUAGUCUGUGUUAAUGAUUAUUAAUGAAUAAUUUCAUGAUAGAUCAGUAUUUUUCAAAGAGAGUAUUUCCCCGCCACCCCAGCUCACUUAAAGUCAGAAUUUCCAUUCCUGAAAAUGCAGUGCUGAGAGGCCAAGUGGAGUCAUCCUCUGCCCCAGUUUCUUCUAAAGUUUUAAGGACAAAAGUUUAGGAUAUUUUUCUAAUUGCUAAAUUCAGUGAGCAGAGGAACACAGAAAGUAGGUUUGACUCAAUCUGUAAUCCUGCAGCUAAAGUCUUUUAAGUUCAUACUGAAGAACACUCCAGUUCUUAAAGGAAAUAACUUGCAAAAGCUGCUUGUUCCAUGACCCACCAAGAAAAUCUGUUAGG